GACAUAUACAAGCAGGUCCUGUCAGAUGCACAGCGGAGCUCGUCAACUCUCGUCUCCUCCAAAAAUCUCAUCAGCCGACACCCAUAGACAAGGGAGAUGGGGCAGAGGGAGAUCUCAUCUUCACACAGUUUUGGGGUGGAUUUUAUUUUUACAGACCUUCCUAUAUGUUUUUUGCCUUGAUCCAUCCGCUUCCCGCCGAGAUCGGACGGAGCCUUUCUCCCGGUUAUGAAUUUGAUCAACCUACAUUUGGAGGGAAUCCUACACAGUUUUGACAGGAGCUUAAAAUUGAGUCGUCAGAGAAAUAUUAGGACAUAUUUUCAAUCAUUUUGGUGCCGAAGGGGAGGCAAGAACUCAGUUUUAUAUUGAGACAUUACGCCGGCUGAAGACAGAGAAUGUUUUUCCCUGCCAGGACCUGAUGCAAUCCAUUCAAGCCAACAAGUUUGGAGAGAAUGUUGAGUUCAAUCAAUUCAGAACGUCGAGAUGGAGCCCAACUCACUCCAGUGGGUCGGCUCACCGUGUGGCUUGCACGGACCUUACAUUUUCUACAAGGCUUUUCAAUUCCACCUUGAAGGCAAACCAAGAAUUUUGUCCCUUGGCGACUUUUUCUUUGUAAGAUGUACGCCAAAGGAUCCGAUUUGCAUAGCGGAGCUCCAGCUGUUGUGGGAAGAGAGGACCAGCCGGCAACUUUUAUCCAGCUCUAAACUUUAUUUCCUCCCAGAAGAUACUCCCCAGGGCAGAAAUAGCGACCAUGGCGAGGAUGAAGUCAUUGCUGUUUCUGAAAAAGUGAUUGUGAAGCUUGAAGACCUGGUCAAGUGGGUACAUUCUGAUUUCUCCAAGUGGAGAUGUGGCCUCCGCGCUGGGUCCCUGAAAACAGAGGCCUUGGGAAGGAAUGGACAGAAGGAAGCUCUGCUGAAGUACAGGCAGUCAACCCUCAACAGUGGACUCAACUUCAAAGACGUCCUCAAGGAAAAGGCUGACCUUGGAGAGGACGAGGAAGAAACGAACGUGAUCGUGCUCAGCUACCCCCAGUACUGCCGCUACCGCUCGAUGCUGAAACGCAUCCAAGAUAAGCCGUCUUCUAUUCUAACGGACCAGUUCGCGUUAGCCCUGGGAGGCAUCGCAGUGGUCAGCAAGAACCCCCAGAUCCUGUACUGUCGGGACACCUUUGACCACCCUACUCUCAUAGAAAAUGAGAGUAUAUGUGAUGAGUUUGCGCCGAAUCUUAAAGGCAGACCACGCAAAAAGAAAUCAUGCCCACAGAGAAGAGAUUCAUUCAGUGCUGUGAAAGAUUCCAACAACAAUUCGGAUGGCAAAGCCAUUGUCAAGGUGAAAUGUGAGGCCAGGUCUGCCUUGACCAAGCCGAAGAAUAACCAUAAUAACUGUAAAAAAGUUUCCAAUGAAGAAAAACCAAAGGUUGCCAUUGGUGAAGAGUGCAGGGCAGACGAGCAGGCCUUCCUGGUGGCACUUUAUAAAUACAUGAAAGAAAGGAAGACGCCAAUAGAACGAAUACCCUAUUUAGGUUUUAAACAGAUUAACCUUUGGACUAUGUUUCAAGCUGCUCAAAAACUGGGAGGAUAUGAAACAAUAACAGCCCGCCGUCAAUGGAAACACAUUUAUGAUGAAUUAGGCGGUAAUCCUGGGAGCACCAGCGCCGCCACGUGCACCCGCAGACAUUAUGAAAGGUUAAUCCUGCCAUAUGAAAGGUUUAUUAAAGGAGAGGAAGACAAGCCCCUGCCUCCAAUCAAACCUCGGAAACAGGAGAACAGUUCACAGGAAAAUGAGAAUAAAGCAAAAGUAUCAGGAACCAAACGCAUCAAAUAUGAAAUCCCCAAGAGCAAGAAAGAAAAAGAGAAUGCCCCGAAGCCCCAGGAUGCCUCUGAGGUUUCUUCAGAGCAAGAGAAGGAGCAAGAGCCUUUAAACCAGAAGAGCAUCCCCGAGCCUCUUCCCGCAGCAGACGCGAAGAAGAAAAUGGAAGGGUACCAGGAUUUUGCCGCCAGGCCCCUGGUGUCUACAGCAGACCCAGAAAAGGAGAACAAAGCAGAUCAAAGUGCCAACUGCGAGAAGAUGGCAGAGGAGGCGGGAGAGAAAGGGCCCUCUCCUCCACUCCCGAGUGCCUCUUCAGCCCCCGACAGGGACCCAGGGGCUGGCAAACAGCCUCUCACCUCUCCCAGCGCUCUGGUCGACUCAAAACCAGAACCCAAGCCCUGCUGUUUUACAGAGAGCCCUGAAAACGAACCCCAAGACACAGCCUUCCCUGGCUUCCCCGCCACACAGCCACCGCUGGCAAACCAGAGCGAGAUGGACGAUGACAAAGUGCCCGCCAUGGCAGAUUACAUCGCCAACUGCACCGUGAAGGUGGACCAGCUGGGCAGCGACGACAUCCACAACGCGCUGAAGCAGACCCCGAAGGUCCUAGUGGUCCAGUCGUUCGACAUGUUCAAGGACAAAGACCUGACUGGGCCCAUGAAUGAGAACCACGGACUCAAUUACACCCCACUGCUCUACUCCAGGGGCAACCCAGGCAUCAUGUCCCCGCUGGCCAAGAAAAAGCUCUUGUCCCAAGUGAGUGGGGCCAGCCUCUCCAGCAGCUACCCCUAUGGCUCCCCACCCCCUUUGAUCAGCAAAAAGAAACUGAUCGCCAGGGACGACCUGUGCUCCGGUCUCGCCCAGGCCCACCACGGCCAAAGCACUGACCACACGGCGGUCAGCCGGCCCUCGGUGAUUCAGCACGUGCAGAGCUUCAGGAGCAAGCCCUCCGAGGACAGAAAGAGCAUCAGUGACAUCUUUAAACAUGACAAGCUGAGUCGAUCGGAUCCCCACCGCUGCAGCUUCUCCAAGCAUCACCUCAGCCCCCUUGCCGACUCCUAUGUCCUGAAGCAAGAGAUCCAGGAGGGCAAGGAGAAACUAUUGGAGAAGAGGGCGCUCCCCCACUCCCACAUGCCCAGCUUCCUGGCCGACUUCUACUCCUCUCCGCAUCUCCACAGCCUCUACAGACACACCGAGCAUCAUCUUCACAACGAACAGUCAUCCAAGUACCCGUGCAGGGACAUGUACAGGGAAUCGGAAAACAGUUCCUUUUCUUCCCACAAACACCAAGAAAAGCUCCAUGGAAACUAUCUCUCGUCGCUGCACCUGCAAGACAAAAAGUCAGCUGCAGCCGAAGCCACCACGGAUGACCAGCCGACAGACCUGAGCCUUCCCAAGAACCCGCACAAACCCACCGGCAAGGUCCUGGGCCUGGCCCACGCGGCCCCGGGGCCCCAGGAGAGCAAAGGCGUCUCCCAGUUCCAGGUCAUAAACAGCCACAGUCGAGACUGUCACCCCAAGGCCUGCCGGGUGUCCCCCAUGACCAUGUCGGCUCCUAAAAAAUACCCCGAGGCGCUCUCAAGAUCUGCAAAACCCCACCAUGUGAGACUGGAGAAUUUCAGGAAGAUGGAAGGCAUGGUCCACCCCAUCCUGCACCGGAAAAUGAGCCCCCAGAACAUUGGUGCUGCGCGCCCCAUAAAGCGCAGCCUGGAGGACUUGGACCUGGUGAUCGCUGGGAAAAAGGCCCGGGCGGUGUCUCCCCUGGACCCAUCCAAGGAGGUCUCUGGGAAGGAGAAGGCCUGUGAGCAGGAGAGCGAGGGCAGCAAGGCAGCCCACGGUGGGCGAUCCGGGGGCGCGUCGGAAGGCCAUAAGCUGCCCCUCUCCUCCCCUAUCUUCCAAGGUUUGUAUUCUGGGAGCCUGUGUAACUCGGGCCUCAACUCCCGGCUCCCAGCAGGGUAUUCUCACUCUCUGCAGUACUUGAAAAACCAGACUGUGCUUUCCCCACUCAUGCAGCCCCUGGCUUUCCACUCGCUUGUGAUGCAAAGAGGAAUUUUCACGUCGCCGACCAAUUCUCAGCAGCUGUACAGACACUUGGCUGCAGCCACACCUGUAGGAAGUUCGUACGGGGACCUUUUGCACAACAGCAUUUACCCUUUAGCUGCUAUAAACCCUCAAGCUGCCUUUCCAUCUUCUCAGCUGUCAUCCGUACACCCCAGUACAAAACUGUAAGCCCGGCUCUGCCCAGCAUCCCACACGGCGUGGCUAAAAGAUCUUUACUCCUUCCCCCUGGGGUGAUGGCUUGUAGAAUUAGAAGUCCGUAUUUCUUCUAAUCUGGGGGUAAGAUCAGUUCCAGCCGAAGCGGCCGAGCGGGGAGGUGAACAGACCUGAUUUUUCUGGGACGACACCAGCCUUGGCUGGUCAGUCUUGAGUCCCUUGCAACACAGAUGCCCUCGCACCCCAGAUGGUUCACUUCGCACGGGGCUCGCGUGAAGGGGGUUAUGCGCACCCAGGAAGAACUUAGAGGGCCCCGUCUGAGUUCCCAUGGCCAGGAAACAAUCUGGGCAAAAAAGGGGCAGGCAUUUCAAAGAAAGGGGCAAGGAAGACUGGCAGACAUACCAAGCGAGGCCCCUGUUUUCAUAAAACUCCAAGGUUCAAUCAAUGCAAUGUAUAGUGAAACUUCAAUAGAUCUUUCCUUUUGACACUAUUGAACAAUCCAGAGAAGUAAACACUGUUAAAUUGACUGUAUAUAUUUGCUUCUUAAAACUACCCGUAUCACUGUUUGCUCACCUAAUUUAUAUACAGGUAGUUCCAUUUUCUCCCAGUUCCUUCUUGUCUUUUUUUUUUUUUUUUAAUUAAACAGUAUCGCUUUUGUUUGCAGGUC